CUUCCGCGGAAAAAGAAAGUUGCGCGAGUUCGACGUCAGCUCCGCGCGGCAUCCCUUUUGGAUUUUUAGGAGCAGGAGAUGACGUCAGAUAAGGCUUUUUCUGUCGGAUAGUUGUUUUGCUUUAAAUAGCAGAUUGAGGCGUAGAUGUGUUUCUUAGAUAUAGGGAUUAAAAUGUGUUGUUAGUUACACUCUUAUCUUUAUUUUUGUGCCACCCCCUCGUCCGACAUUUAGUAUGAAAAUAUAAAAAAAAAUGAACGUGGCAUUUGCAUUUUUUCUGCUUUUGCUCCUAGCAAAACAGUUUUGAAAGCGAAGCCAACUACUGGCUGGCUGCCUCUUUGUUCGCCGGAGUUGACCUCCUUGACGAAUCCCUUGUCUGCGUCUUACUAGUUAUCGCAAAGGCAAGAAAGGAUGGUCGACAACAGCCGUUUUUUUGUCGUUUCCAACAUGACGGAUAUCACGGAGGCCAAGCCUCAUGGAUGUAACAACGGGGCUCUCAUGGACCGUUUUGGAGUUCUCAUCCAGGGUCUGCUCGCUGUCGUAGCCUUCAGCACUUUGAUGUUGAAGAGGUUCAGGGAACCAAAAGAUGAGAGACGGCCAUGGAGAAUCUGGUUUUAUGACACAUCUAAGCAAGCAAUUGGUGCACUUUUUAUCCACUUUGCCAAUGUUUUCUUAUCAAAUCUCACAAAAGAGGACCCAUGUUCUUUAUAUCUGAUGAAUUUUUUGCUAGAUGCAACUCUGGGAAUGCUUGUGAUCUGGGCUGGAGUGAAACUUGUGUCUUGGAUAGUGGAAUAUAAGCAAGUGACAUUAUUAACAUUUGGAGAAUAUGGGGACCCACCACAAGCAGCUGCAUGGAUUGGCCAGUGUGCACUAUACUUGCUGAUCAUGGUCUUUGAAAAAACUGUGAUUAGCCUUGUUCUUCUCAUUCCUGGUUGGAGCAAACUUCAAGAAGUUUUGCUGGACUACAUCCCAAAUCCACAGCUGGAGCUAGUGCUGGUUAUGCUGAUUGUGCCUUUCAUAGUCAAUGCAAUUAUGUUUUGGGUGGUGGACAGUUUGCUGAUGCGAAAAUAUAAAAACAAGAAGGCUCUGGAAACCUUGGAAAGUAGUUCAAGUGCAGAAAUCUCAGCAGCAUCAGUCAGUGAAGAAUCACAGGUACUUCUGGCUGCGGAACAUGGCAGUGAACCUUCAGAGGCUCAACCAGAGGGAGCAGACCUGAAUUUUGAUGAAGCCGAGAGAAUGAAUGUCCCAUAUUGUGAGGUUGUAUAGGGAGCAACUAUGGAGCAUUCUUAUGUGACCAUUACUCUGCAUUACCUUCAAUAUUGCUCAAAUGUUUCCCUUCAAAUAAAGAGUGUGUGUGUAUUUAAUCAUAAAUAGAGACAUACUUCACCACUAUUCCCUCUUUUACUUAAAAGAUUAUUACCACUCAAGUUAAUAUGCAUCCAUUUUAAGGUGCUCAACUACGCCUUACAAGUGACAUUUUGAAUGUCACUUUUGAUUAUAUUUUCAUUUUAUUUAAAAGGUAAAGGGUACCAUUAUUGUUCAGGUUACAGCUAAAUUAUCCAGAAAACCAAUGUUUAGUUAUAUGAUGUUUUACAUAGUCUCAAUGUAUUCACGUCUCCACGUGCCAUUUAAGUUACUUUUGUUGACCAUUCAAUGCAAGAUUCACAGUUUGCUUUGGAGGUGACUUUCAUGUGCUUUAUGUUUACACUAUACCAUUUUAAAUUUUUUUUUUUUUUUUUUGAGUAAAGGUGGCUGCACUCCUGAUUUGUUGAGCAAGUAAUUUAGUAGGAUUUGUGUUAAUAACUUGAGGUUUUUUCUUUUUUGUUUUUCUUUUUAUUGCCUUUCUGUCAGCUGGGCCAAAUUUCCUGGUGCUAUGGCAAGUGCUGCAGAGUAUUCAGUGUUUACAGAGCAGCUGAGAGGAGAGUUUAAUA